AGCCUCGGCGGCAUCUCCACGUACCACUGCCUCGGCCUCCUAAUGGUCGUGUUCGGAGUACUCUCGAUGCUGCUCGCAGGGAACUGUGUCAAUGGGCAAAUCGAUGGCUACAUUGCUGGCGAGGACUAUCCAGCGUACGAUGCGGUGCCCAAGGGUCUGGCCUUCAACUGCCAGGGACGCCAGCCUGGCUACUAUGCGGACACAGAGACGCGUUGUCAGGUCUGGCACUGGUGCCUCCAUUCUGGCCAUCAGUACUCCUUCCUCUGCCCCAAUGGCACUGUCUUCAAUCAGGCCGUUCGUGUGUGCGAUUGGUGGUCGAAUGUGAACUGCGCCAGCUCCGAGCAGCUCUACCAGAACAACGAUGAACUCUACCGCAUUCCAGAGCGCAAGCAGCAACAGCAGCAGCAGCAGCAGCAACAGAACGAUGUAUGAUAUGAGGCCGAUGAUGAGUAUAAGAUUGGGACAGCAAAUGGAACCAGAGAGCGGGGCGGCAGACAGCGGCAAUUUCAGCAAGCACAAUACAAUAUCAAUAGCAACAGCAACAGCAACAGCAACAGCAACACUAUCAACACCAGCAGCAGCAGCAGCAGCAGCAGCAAUAACAGAAUCCUAGAUAGCAGCGACUACAAUAAAAUGACCAAAAAUAGUUUUAGAGGUAGCAUGAGAUACAGUACCAAUCCUCAAUCAACAUACUCAUCAUCACAGCAGCAGAAGCAGCAGCAGCAGAAAGAGAAGCACCAUCAGCAACAUAAUUCUAGUAAAGGUAAUAGCGAAAGGAAAUCAAAGCCUAGCAGUAGCAAUAAGCAGAACAAUAGGGGUAACCAUAGUAGAGUAGAGAGCAACCAAACUAGAUCUAGGAAUCGCACCACUAAUCGCACACAUCACAACAACAGCAGCGGCACCAGCAGCAGCAGCAGCACCACCACCAGCGGCAACAGCAAGAAUCAGAAAAAAAAGAACAACAGCAGCAACAAUCAGAAAAAGAAGAACAACAGCGGCGGCAGCAGCAGUAGCAGCAGCAGUCCACGUGGCAUGCAGCGCUACAACACGAAUCAAUUCGAAAACGAUGCAGAGCUCAAGGACUACAAGAGCAAAAUCAAGAACAAAUACAACAUCGACUAUGAUCAUUCUUUAGAUGAAGAAUAUGAAAUAAUCGAGGCCAUUGAAUGA